AACUCAAGGAUGAGGCAGGAGACGAUGGUAAUGAAUCAUCGAAGAAAGGGCAUCGCAAACGUAUCAACCGUCGUGCUCUUGAAGAUGAUGAACCGCGGUUCGUCCAGAGCUACUCUAUAUUUGAGAAGGGCAUUGGUUGUGUUGUCAAAGCCGACUCAAACGCUACUGAAUUAAGUAAGACCCUUAAAGCGUUUCUUUAGCAUAUUUUUCUUGCAACCUCAUUCUCUGUCUGUCUUUCCCUUUCGCGUAUGUGUCAAUGUCUUUAUCUUUACGUACCUUAACAACGCGGAGGACUGAAAUACUUUAUAAGCCUAAGUUUUUGAUGUAUGCCAGUCAUUUUUACUGGGCCCUUGCCCAUUGCUCUGUUUAUCGACAUUAGUAGGCUCUUUUGACGAAAGACACUGAUUGCUAGAUUCGCGUAGCACUGACGUAAAUGGACCUUUAUAGUGUCGUUUAAACCUUUCUUAAUAGGAGCCAUCGGUAGCGGGCCCAGCCGCACGUCGGUCUCUGAACUUGCCUCGACAGAAUUGAAGCCGGAUCCUGUUUUCCAAGCUGAAUCGUUCGUAAAAGACAUUAAGCAGUGCUUCAAAGAUGCACCCGUUGCAGUGCUGCAAGACACUUCUGAUUUGUUGCCAC